AUGAAGAACCUCCCGAUUUUCGUCGUUCUUUUCAUGGCCAUCUCCAUUGUUUCAGGUGCGAGAGAGAUGAGAAUGAAUCAGGAGAAAAGAACUUGUCCCGUAUUUUGGCCAAUGGUUCCAUGCGAAACUAAAAAAUGCGAGAAAAUGUGUUUUGAUUUUUAUGGUCCUGUUUCUUCUUACUGUGAUAGCCCCGGAUCCCCAACCGCUGCAUGUGUAUGUCGUCUUACAGAUUGUUAA